AAAGGCCGCAGUACAAAGAGCAAAGCAAACGAAACUUCUUCAAUUUUCAUGCCUUCUCUUUCACUCCCGCCUCCUGCAUUACCGUCAAGCAGGAUGGCAAUGGCAUCUGUUCCUCGUCGUCGAGCUUCAUCUCCGGAACCCUCAAUUGCGAGCCAAGAAUUUGGAAAUCAUUCCCUCGGGCCGCAGUUUCUGCGAAAUCUUUUCCAGGCGGGCAAGGUACGCAAAACUCUUCUCUCGUUCGGUGAGUUAGAGAAGUGGCGUCAAGAUAAUGAGUACAUCCUCGACGGCUAUCGUCCAGCGUCAGGCUCCGCUCUAGAUUCAUUUCGCAGUUGGUUAUACAUUCACAAUGAGUCGGUGAACAUAUAUUCUCACCUAAUACCAGCUGUCGCCUUUCUCCUUGGCGAGUGGUACAUCCCAGGGUAUCUUACAACAAGAUACCAUAACAUUACGGGCAACGAUUCCUUCAUUUUCACCUUCUUCUUCUUGAGUGCGGUCAUCUGUCUGGGGCUGUCAACGACGUACCACACCAUGAUGAACCACUCCUACAAAGUUGAACAAUUUUGCCUGCGUCUUGAUCUGGUAGGCAUAGUAGUCCUGAUGUUAGGUGACUUUGUAUCGGGAAUCUAUAUGGUCUUCUGGUGUGAACCAUUACAACGCAACAUCUACUGGUCCAUGACUGGAAUUCUAGGAUUGCUUACCAUCUACAUAAUGGUCAAUCCGAAAUUUCAGGGCCCGGCAUUUCGGGAGUUCCGGGCGCUUACGUUCGUGACAACUGGUCUUUCUGGCUUUGCACCAUUAAUUCAUGGCAUCAAGAUGUUUGGUGUUUCACAAAUGAUGAAACAAUCAGGAUUGCCCUAUUAUUUGAUCGAAGGAGGCCUACUUCUAUCCGGGGCUUGGAUUUAUGUAAAUAAGUUUCCGGAGAGAUGGUACCCAGGUAAAUUCAAUAUAUACGGCUCAUCCCAUCAACUCUUCCACAUCCUGGUGGUUUUCGCUGUUGUUGCUCAAUUGACAGGGAUAUUGUGGGCUUUCGACUAUAACUACACCAAUCGAACGUGCGUUUAGAACUCCUCAAGAACAACAUUGCCACAAUCACAGCACCACCCAGGGUUGGUCUCUCAGCCCUGCAAGAUAGACAUAGACGCCGAACGGCAAAAACUACCACACUAGUUUGGAAAGCAAUAGCUCCUAGCUGAGAGCUGGAUGCCCUACUUGCAUUUUAUGGAGGAGGAUAUCUCCGACAACGCUGUAUUGUACUG